AUGUUCGCUGCAAUGAACCGGAAUAUUUUCCUUGCACCGCUUCUCUGCCUGCUGGUGACAGUGGCUCCCAGCCAUGCCGCCGCAAUCUUCCCCAUGUCACGGUCCGACCCUGCUUACGCCCACAAUGCUCCAUCGCACGCUGCCCCCGUCUAUGAUGAAAGUGAACAACCACUUACAUUCUAUCUCCUCUCAAGAUCUAUCUCUCCACGCACAAGUCCUGUAUCAGUCGUCACUGGACUUGCUGUCGGUAUCACAUUUGGUGUCAUCUUUCUCUUUUGUGUUGGCAUUCUGAUUCGGAUGGCCAUUACUCGUCGAAGACGGAAAGAAGCGGUAGAAAAGGCAGUGGAAGCAUCCCAGGCCAGGGACCCUAGCGCACAAGCAAGCGGUGCUGCGAUGGUUGAGCUAGAAGCGAAUGGGACAUAUACACAAGCUACACAUCAAGGACCGGCGAAUGGGCGGUUCCAAAGAGCAUCAAAUAAGAGACAGGAGGCACCGCAGAAUGAACGAUACGAGCUGGAGUGA